AUGGGUGGAGAUGCUCUUAUAAGAUGUCUUGUGAAUGUCAUAAGGCCUGCUUUUCUUCUUGAGCUUCGUUUUAGGCACAGCAUCAUGUUCAGGAUGACAUUGUGCAGUUAUAGACAGCAGGAGCAUGCCUUGAUAGAUAACUAUAGAGUGCAGGAGAUUGAGUAUGAUAUUGAUCAUGAAAUCCAUAUAACGGACGGCCAGGAACAGAAGCUGCUGCAUGAUGAGGGUAAGUGUUAUGAUAUCGACUGGGAACUGGUGCAGGAGGAUUAA